UUUGUUUAUUAUUAUUAUUAUUAUUAUUAUUAUUAAUAAUCCGCCAUCAGACCCCUGCAGCUCAUCCAGAAUGCCGCAGCUCGUCUGGUCUACAACCUCCCCAGACAUUCCCAUGUCACCCCCCUGCUCACUGACCUCCACUGGCUGCCUCUUAUGGCUCGCAUCAAAUUUAAGACUUCGGUGCUUGCAUACCAGGCAGCUAAGGGGUCAGCACCAGGAUACAUCCAGAGGAUCAUCAGACCCUACACACCAGCCAGACCUCUCCGUUCUGCCACCUCUGGACGCUUGGCACCUCCCCCUCUUCGUGUCUGUACUUCCCGUUCGCGUCUGCUGUCUGUCCUGGCCCCUCGCUGGUGGAAUGACCUUCCCGUGGCGGUCAGAACAGCAGAGAAUCUGAUUACCUUCAAGCGCAGACUAAAGACUCAUCUCUUCAGGCUGCACCUCUCCCCACCCCUCCCUAGCCUCUAGUUUAGCUCAAUGUACCUAGUUAGGCUAAUGCGAUCAUGUUAGUUUUGUAUUUGGCAGGAUUGUUUUGUCUGAUUCUGAUUAGGCAAAUGUGAUUUCAGUGCUAGUUUUGUACUUGGCAGGAUUGUUUGUUUGUUUGCUGAACAGGUUACCCUACAGGGUUGGAGUCCUGCAUUUCAGUUUGAGUACGCUGUGUCUGUGUGGGAAAUGCACCGUGUGCAUUUCAGUUUGAGUACGCUGUGUCUGUGUUGGAAAUGCAGCUCAGUGAUUGCGCCCUGUGUGUACAGCAGGCCCCUGUUAAAGGCAGUGUGGAGAUGAAGGGGGUGCAGAGGGUGGAGUUGGGGACCCUGCUGCAGGUCACCCAGGCCUUGGAGGCGGUGGUGGGCCCGUGCUUCGGUCCGUCCGGGGGCCAGGUCCUCUUCACCCGCGACUCUGGAGAGGUCCUCAUCACCAGGGAUGGCCGGAGGAUCCUUACCUCCCUUCGGCUUGACCAUCCCGUUGCCAGAGUCCUGGUGGGAUGUGUAUCAGCACACUGUAAGAUCACGGGUGAUGGAGCCAAGUCCUUCCUUCUCCUGCUGGGGGCGCUUCUGCGGGGUAUCCACGGCGACCAUCUCCACGGCAUUCAGGCCCGCCGCGUGGCUCACAUUCUGCUGUCCUUCCAGACGCUCGUUUUGGAUGGCGUGAUCGGGCAGGGCCUCGCCCCCUGCCCACCUGCGCCCGCUCACGGACGCCUACUUCCGGGGAAAGACGGCGAGCUCCCACUGGGGGGUCCUGAGCCAGACGGCCUGCGAGUUCUACCGCAGGUGGCGGUGUGAGCAGGACUGCACCGGCGUGACCCUGAUCGCCCGCCACUUCGCCGCGCUCCACACGCCCGUACCAGGCCUGCCCGUGAGCCGGUCCCGGGUCCUCCAGGGCCUGGUGAUCCACAGAGACUUUGCGGUGCGUUGCCCUGGCGACGGGCCGCUCCGAGCGCUGGCCACAAGCGUGCCGCUCCAGUCCCCUCUGGCGCCCCCUGGCGUCUCUCUGAACCUGGCGAGCGCGGCGCAGGCGCAGAGGUGCUGCGGCGGGGUGGGCGGGAGGGCAGAGCGGGGCGUGGCCUGCCUGCGCAGGCUGAGGGUGGGGCUGCUGCUCUCGGCAGCGAAGCAGUCGGAGCUGGCGCUGGACCUCGCUCGGCGGGCCGGCCUGUCCGUGGUGGAGUGUGUGGACAGUGACGAGC